CAGGGGAUGUUAAUUAGGUGGCUGUUCUGUCUGUCUGACUGUGUGCUGGAGACUUCCGGGCUGUGAUGGUCAUGCUGUGAGGAGCUGGUGUGGGAUUACCAACACACACACGCGCAUACACUGGAUUUUGGACAGCCAGGGCAGGACUACAGAAAAGAGGGACACACACCACCAGCACAAUGGGCAGUAAGUACCAUUGGCAGAGUCAGAAUGUCAAGCAGAGUGGUGUGGAUGACAUGGUGCUCCUGUCCAAGAUCAGUGAAGACGCCAUCGUGGAAAAUCUGAAAAAGAGAUUCAUGGACGACUACAUCUUUACCUAUAUUGGUUCUGUGUUGAUAUCAGUGAAUCCAUUCAAACAGAUGCCCUAUUUUACUGACCGGGAAAUUGAACUCUAUCAAGGGGCUGCCCAGUAUGAAAACCCUCCACACAUCUACGCUUUGACUGAUAACAUGUACAGGAAUAUGCUGAUUGAUCAAGAAAACCAGUGUGUUAUAAUAAGUGGGGAGAGUGGAGCUGGGAAGACUGUGGCAGCAAAAUACAUUAUGGGUUACAUCUCCAAAGUAUCGGGAGGAGGCGAUAAAGUGCAGCAUGUGAAAGAUAUCAUUCUUCAGUCCAAUCCUCUGCUAGAAGCCUUCGGCAACGCCAAGACGGUUCGCAACAACAACUCAAGCCGCUUUGGUAAGUACUUUGAGAUCCAGUUCAGCCGAGGAGGCGAGCCAGAUGGUGGCAAAAUCUCCAACUUUCUCCUUGAGAAAUCGAGGGUGGUGAACCAGAACGAGAACGAGAGGAACUUUCAUAUUUACUACCAGCUAAUGGAGGGAGCCAACCCCCAGCAGAAAGAAGGCCUGGGUAUAAUGACUCCAGACUACUACUACUACCUGAACCAGUCAGGUACUUACAAAGUGGAUGGAACUAACGACAGCAAGGACUUUCAGGAGACCAUGGAAGCCAUGCAAGUGAUUGGGAUCCCGGGAGCCAUACAGGCUCAGGUGCUGCAGAUCAUAGCAGGAAUCCUGCAUCUUGGAAACAUCAGCUUCAUAGAGGCAGGCAACUAUGGCCAAGUGGAGAGCAAUGACUUGCUUGCAUUCCCUGCCUACCUGCUAGGCAUUGACCCAACGCGCUUGCAAGAAAAACUGACGAGCAGAAAGAUGGACUCUAAGUGGGGGGGAAAGUCUGAGUCCAUUGACGUGACGCUCAACCAGGAACAAGCCACAUACACCCGCGAUGCCCUGGCAAAGGCCCUCUACACUCGAUUGUUUGACUACCUUGUGGAGGCCAUAAACAAAGCCAUACAGAAACCUCAUGAAGAAUACAGCAUAGGAGUCCUUGACAUAUAUGGCUUUGAGAUUUUCCAGAGGAAUGGGUUUGAGCAGUUCUGCAUCAACUUUGUCAACGAGAAGCUACAGCAGAUAUUUAUUGAGCUAACACUGAAGGCUGAACAGGAGGAAUAUGUUCAGGAAGGCAUUAAGUGGACACCUAUUGAAUAUUUUAACAAUAAAAUUGUGUGUGACCUCAUUGAGAAUAAGUUGAACCCGCCGGGCAUCAUGAGUGUACUGGACGACGUGUGUGCCACAAUGCAUGCCAAGGGAGAGGGGGCGGAUGGUACCCUGCUCCAGAAGCUCUCGGCGGCUGUAGGCACACAUGAACACUUCAACAGCUGGAACUCUGGCUUCGUCAUCCACCACUACGCAGGCAAGGUUUCUUAUGAAAUAAAUGGCUUCUGUGAAAGAAACCGGGAUGUGCUUUUCACUGACCUCAUUGAACUCAUGCAGAGCAGCGAACAUGACUUCAUCUGCAGCCUCUUCCCGGAAAACCUCAACACAGACAAGAAAAGCAGACCCACCACUGCCAGCUCUAAGAUUAAGAAACAAGCCAAUGACUUGGUGAACACACUGAUGAAGUGUACCCCCCACUAUAUCCGAUGCAUCAAACCCAACGAGACAAAGAGACCCAAAGACUGGGAGGAAAGCCGAGUCAAGCACCAGGUGGAGUAUCUUGGGCUGCGGGAGAACAUCCGCGUACGUCGAGCUGGCUUUGCUUACCGCAGAGUCUUCAAUAAGUUCCUACAGAGAUACGCCAUCCUGACUGCUGAGACGUGGCCGGGCUGGCGGGGGGCAGAGCAGCAGGGUGUCCUGCAUCUCCUCCGUGCUGUCAACAUGGACCCAGACCAGUACCAGAUGGGCCGAUCCAAGGUCUUCGUCAAGGCCCCAGAGUCGCUUUUCCUAUUGGAGGAGAUGCGGGAGAGGAAAUUUGACACGUUUGCCAGGACCAUCCAGAAGGCCUGGCGGAAGUAUAUCGCCAGGAGGAAAUAUGAACAGAUGAGGGAAGAGGCGUCAGACAUCCUGUACAACUCUAAGGAGCGAAGAAGGAACAGCAUCAACAGGAACUUUGUAGGAGACUACCUUGGCCUGGAGCAGAGACCUGAACUAAGACAGUUCUUGGCCAAGAGAGAGCGAGUUGACUUUGCAGACUCUGUCAACAAAUUUGACCGCAGAUUUAAGUCCAUCAAAAGAGACUUGAUUCUGUCUCCUAAGGGCAUCUACCUGAUAGGCAGAGAGAAGGUGAAGAAGGGGCCAGAGAAGGGACAGAUAAAAGAGGUGUUAAAACGAAAGCUGGAGUUCCAGAAUAUCCACUCUGUCUCUCUCAGUAUGAGACAGGAUGACUUCUUCAUCCUGCAUGAGGCUCAAUAUGACAGUCUGCUGGAGUCCAACUUCAAAACAGAGUUCCUCAGCCUGCUCUGUAAGCGCUAUGAAGAGAUGACCAAGAACAAGCUGUCUCUUUCCUUCAGUGACAGGCUGGAGUUCCGGGUGAAGAAAGAGGGCUGGGGUGGAGGGGGCACGCGCAUUGUGGUGUUCCAGAGGGGACAAGGGGACCAGGCAGAUGUCAAACCAGCCGGAAAGACCCUCACCAUCUCGGUGGGAGAUGGGCUGCCAAAGACCUCCAAGCCCACCAAGAAGGGAGCUCCACAGAACUGUGGAAGAGGUAGGAGUAAGCCUCCCAGCCAAGGGUACCAGAAUGGUGCACCCAGAGGCAGAGGUGCUCCACAGUCCCAGCAUUCAGAGCAAACCUACUCCGCCCCCUCCAAACAGAACCGACCCCCUAGUGCUGCUCUCCCCAGAAUUGGCUCUAAGAACGUCAGACGAGGCCCAGCUCAGACUCAGCAGGGGAACCUGGACUUCCUCAAUGUGCCUGACCAGGGCGUGUCUGGAAUGCAGAGGAAGAGAAGUAUCAGUAGCCAGCGGCCACCCCCAGCCCCGUCUAGCCGGCCCAAGCCCCAGCCCCGACCCACAGGACCUCGUUGCCGGGCGCUGUACCAAUACAUGGGCCAGGACACCGAUGAACUCACCUUUGAUGUUAAUGAUGUCAUCGAUCUGCUCAAUGAAGAUCCAUCUGGCUGGUGGAGAGGCAGGUUUCGUGGCAAGGAGGGACUCUUCCCUGGGAACUAUGUGGAGAAAAUAUAACUGUCUGUCAUAUGGCCUAAUACAUUUUAAUGUAUGCAACAGAUAUUACUCUUCUCAGCAAUCACGAGCAGAAUGUAAGCCAAACAGUAACUAGAAGAGAAUAUCUGAUGCACAAGCAUUUUAACAGGAUUAUCACAUUGACACUGUUUGUUAGCUGAACAACAAUAUCAGUACUGAGAGAGGGACUCGUUGAAAAGCCAUUGUUGUGUUAUGUUGUCUGACACACUGGGCUUUAUUCCUGUUUCACAGAAGAGCACUUUGAUUCAAAGCUUUUUAAUGCUAACGCAAAAUAAGACGCAACGAGUGGUCUUGUGUGUUCCAGCGGUCUUGACAGCUGCCCCUGGAUUGUAACUCUGCAGUGUGGGUUUGAAUCUUUCAGCAGAAGAAUAAUUCUCUCCUGUCUUUACCACGUUCCUGUCUGGUAAAGCAUUAAAUGAAUAAAUGUAAAGUAAGAUGCCUAAGGUUGGCCUAAGGUGGACCAGUUGUUUAAGCCUCUUUGUCCAGUGGACAUGAAUGGCUGCCACGUGGGUUCACAUCCAGGCCAGUGCUACUUCAGCAACAAAGAUCUCCUUUAUCUUUCAUAUCAAAAUGAAUGAUCCCCAAAUUGUCUAAAAAUUUAAACACCAAUAGGACGUUAUCGUUUUAUAAACAUUAUAAAUAAAAUGCUUUGUGAAAAUUGUGUGAUAAUUGUGCAUGCAAAUGUUUUUCUGCAAUAUUUAGAAAAUUCAUGAUUAUGAUACAUAUUCAGUUGUUGAUGUAAAAGCCUGAAGAUACCACUAGGAGGUACUGCUGCACCAUUUCCAACUUCAAUAAAUGAAAGGCAAUGGGCACUGGACAUAAAAGUUUGACUGAUGUAUGAUAAUACAUGGUUAUUUUGGAUGUGUAAACAUAAUGAAUUAUCUAAUACACUUUAUGUACUAUUUGCACUGUGUUGGAUUAGUUAUAAAACAAGUUAACAGUCAUUGUCUAUAACUUUUGUACAUAACUUUGAAAUACCAGAAGGCUGAUAGUUUUCCAUUGGAAGAGGGGAGAAUAAAAGCUGUCAUACAUAGCCCACACAAACGA